AUGAUGGACAUUCAUGCAAAUGAGAAACUGAUGAGCAACGUGAAGAAAGAGCACCUGGAGGAGUGUGGAGAGGCAGCGAUGGAGACAGAUGCAGGCAAGCAGGGCAAGCGAACCUGUGCUUUCAUGCCUGAGUCUUUAAACCUCAAUCCAAGUUUGAAACACACGUUGGCACAAUUCCAUUUAAGUAGUCAGAGCUCUCUGGGUGGUCCGGCAGCCUUUUCCGCUCGUUAUGCCCAAGAGAGCAUGUCACCUACAGUAUUUUUGCCUCUGCCAUCACCUCAGGUUCUUCCUGGCCCACUGCUCAUCCCUUCAGAUAGCUCCACAGAACUCACCCAGACUGUGUUGGAAGGCGAGUCGAUUUCUUGUUUUCAAGUUGGAGGAGAAAAGAGACUCUGUUUGCCCCAAGUCUUAAAUUCUGUUCUCCGAGAAUUUUCACUUCAGCAAAUAAACACGGUGUGUGACGAAUUAUGCAUAUAUUGUUCAAGGUGUACUUCAGACCAGCUUCAUAUCUUAAAGGUCCUGGGAAUUCUUCCAUUCAAUGCCCCAUCCUGUGGGCUGAUCACAUUAACGGAUGCACAAAGACUGUGUAAUGCCCUUUUGCGGCCAUGAACUUUUCCUCAAAAUGGCAGCCUGCUUCCUGCUAAUCAUUCAUUGGCCCAGUUAAAGGAAACUGGCAGUGCCUUUGAAGUGGAACAUGAAUGCUUGGGCAAAUGUCAGGGCCUGUUUGCACCUCAGUUCAAUGUGCAGUCUGACGCUCCGUUUAUUCAGUGUCUGGAGUGCUGUGGGAUGUUUGCACCUCAAACGUUUGUGAUGCAUUCUCACAGAUCACCUGACAAAAGAACUUGCCACUGGGGUUUUGAAUCAGCCAAAUGGCACUGUUAUCUUCAUGUGAACCAAAAGUACUUGGGGACACCUGAAGAAAAGAAGCUGAAAAUAAUUUUAGAAGAAAUGAAGGAGAAAUUUAGCAUGAGAAAUGGGAAGAGAACUCAACCUAAGGCAGAUGCGCCAUCAGGAAUGGAAUUACAGCCAUGGUAUCCUGUUAUAAAGCAGGAAGGUGACCAUGUUUCUCCGACACAUUCAUUUCUACAUCCCAGCUACUAUUUACACAUGUGUGAUAAAGUGGUUGCCCCCAAUGUGUCGCUUACUUCUGCUGUAUCCCAGUCCAAAGAGGUUACAAAGACAGAGGCAAGUAAGACUGUAUCACGACUGCCAGAGAAACAGCACGCUGGUGGGAAACCUCAAAAAAUAGCGUCUUAUCCGGAUGUCUCACUUGAGGAACAGGAGAAGAUGGAUUUGAAAAUAAACAGAGAAUUAUAUGGUCAUUCAGAUCGAUCAAUCUUAAAUAGUUCUCCGAAUAAGAAGAAAUCUGACUCUGCCACUUGCAACUUAGUCAGAGACACAAGCAAUGUGGGAGUUGACCGUGAUGCUACAGCCUCAUUCCUGCUUCUUGUCAAAGAUGUCACUUGUGAAGAUGAUAAAGGAAAAAUCAUGGAAGAAGUAAUGAGAACUUAUGUAAAACAACAGGAAAAACUGAACUCAAUUUUGCAAAAAAAGCAACAACUUCAGAUGGAAGUGGAAAUGUUGAGUAGUUCAAAAGCGAUGAGGGAACUCACUGAAGAACAGCAGAAUCUGCAGAAGGUACUUGAGUCUUUACAGAGUGAACAUGCUCAGAGAAUGGAAGAGUUCUAUGUUGAGCAGAAGGACUUAGAGAAAAAAUUAGAGCAGGUAAUGAAGCAGAAAUGUACCUGUGACUCAAAUUUAGAGAAAGAAGAGGCCGAAUAUGCAGCACAGUUGGCGGAACUGAGACAGCGACUGGACCUUGCUGAGGCUGAUAGGCAAGAACUCCAAGACGAACUCAGACAGGAGCGGGAGGCAAGACAGAAGUUAGAGAUGAUGAUCAAAGAGCUGAAGCUGCAAAUUUUGAAAUCAUCGAAGGCUGCUAAAGAAUAGAAGCUGUUAAAAAGGUCGUCUGUGUAUUACUGACGGGGCUUUUGUUUGUUUAUUGCUUGAUUUAGUAAUUGAAUUCUGCGCAACUUUUCUGCAUGACAGUAGCUAGGCAUUCUGUUCAUUUGUAGAUUGCAGAAAGUGAAGAGAUUAUAUAUUAGUACACAUUUUUUUACAUUUUCCAAAUGAAUGAAAAUGUACGUUUCUUUGUACUUUUUUUUUCCCUUCAGUUUAGCAACAAUACGAAUUUUAAGUAGUAGAUAUCCUUCUAUAUUUCUUAUGUAAACUUAGCAAUUGUACACUUUGUAAAAGCUGCAUUAUAUGGUGGAAAA